UCGAAUCACACACACGCACACACCUACUGAGCUCCGAGAUGCAUGCUUCAAUUUCGCCUCUGUCGAUCUCCAACCCACCGUAUUCCACUCUCCGGCCACAUUCGAGUUCACGACUGUGCGGCCUCCGGACAGAGGCGUUUGGAUUUCGCUCGCCGCCGCAGUUCCGGAAUCACGGCGUCAGAGCUGUCUCAGCGAAGGCGAAUUCUCGGCGGCUGUCAGUUUCCUCGGCUUCGAAUUCAGCUGCGGGCAAUGGAAGCAGCGCUCCGGCAUCGUUCGAUUAUGAUCUCGUCAUUAUUGGAGCUGGUGUCGGCGGCCAUGGGGCUGCGCUGCAUGCCGUGGAGAAAGGUCUCAAAACAGCUAUUAUUGAGGGCGAUGUGAUGGGUGGAACUUGUGUAAAUCGAGGGUGUGUUCCUUCUAAAGCCCUACUAGCAGUAAGUGGUAGGAUGCGCGAACUUCAAGAUGAGCAUCAUCUGAAAGCUUUAGGUUUGCAGGUUGCUGCUGCUGGGUAUGACAGACAGGCAGUCGCCGACCAUGCUAAUAAUCUUGCUUCAAAAAUCCGUGGUAAUUUGACUAAUUCACUGAAAGCACUUGGCGUGGACAUUUUAACAGGAUUUGGCACCAUAGUGGGUCUUCAGAAAGUCAAAUAUGGAAAAAUUGGUUCAUCUGACAAUGUGGUUACUGCAAAGGACAUAAUUAUUGCCACAGGGUCAGUUCCUUUUGUUCCUAGAGGAAUUGAAGUUGAUGGGAAGACGGUAAUAACCAGUGACCAUGCCCUUAAAUUGGAAUUUGUUCCGGAUUGGAUCGCCAUAGUUGGAAGUGGUUACAUUGGGCUUGAGUUCAGUGAUGUAUACACUGCUCUUGGUAGUGAGGUUACAUUCAUUGAAGCUAUGGAUCAACUUAUGCCCGGAUUUGAUCCUGAGAUAGGCAAGCUAGCUCAACGAGUUUUGAUAAAUCCACGAAAAAUUGAUUAUCACACUGGAGUAUUUGCUACCAAGAUAACUCCUGCAAAAGAUGGGAAGCCAGUGACUAUUGAGCUUAUUGAUGCGAAGACAAAAGAACCAAAAGAUACACUGGAGGUCGAUGCAGCAUUAAUUGCAACCGGAAGGGCUCCAUUCACAAAAGGCCUUGGACUGGAGAAUAUUAAUGUGGAGACACAAAGAGGUUUUGUUCCUGUUGAUGAGCGCAUGCGAGUAAUUGAUGCAGAUGGAAACCUGAUCCCGCACUUGUACUGCAUUGGUGAUGCAAAUGGUAAAUUGAUGCUCGCCCAUACAGCAAGUGCUCAAGGAAUUUCUGUUGUCGAACAACUUACUGGAAAUGAUCACGUGCUUAACCAUUUAAGCAUUCCAGCAGCCUGUUUCACUCAUCCUGAGAUCAGUAUGGUUGGGCUAACCGAGCCUCAAGCAAGGGAAAAGGCUGAAAGUCAGGGGUUUGAAAUAAGUAUUGCCAAAACGAGUUUCAAGGCCAACACCAAGGCCUUGGCUGAAAAUGAAGGGGAAGGACUCGCAAAGUUGAUAUACAGACCUGAUACCGGUGAAAUUCUUGGCGUUCACAUUUUCGGGAUGCAUGCAGCAGACCUCAUACACGAAGCAUCUAAUGCUAUUGCAUUAGGAACCAGAGUUCAGGACAUAAAGUUUGCCGUUCAUGCACACCCAACAUUAUCCGAAGUUCUUGACGAGCUAUAUAAAUCGGCGAAGGUAAACUCCCAUAAUACUAAGCAAGUUAGUGAACCUGUUGCUGUAUAACCACUCGUCGCUGCAUAGGACCCUCAUUCUUUUUCAGAAAGACAAAGGCAUUGAUGCUAUCAGAACAGCUGUGUUUGGUUUGCAACAACUCUUCAAUUCGAACUUUCACCUCCUCAAGGUACACAUCUUCAAAUUGAUAAUUUAUUAUUAGAAUAUGACCGACUUCUAAUCUGGUAUCAUUUGUUUUAUAAAAGAAGUUCUCAUUGAUCCCAUUAUCAAAUGAGGCAAUAACAGUCUCUAUUCUGACCGAAAGUGUAGAUAACUGUAUACAACACUGAAUGAUUCUAAAUAUUCGAUCAAAGAACUUGAGCGGAGGAAUAAGGCACAGAAACAAUCCUUUGCAGAAUGAAAUACAAUGGCAGAAGAAACUGAACAACCUGACAGCGUUGAUCCUCUUUCGAGGCCACUUACAAACUCAACACUCGAAUAUAACUAAACUGAUGGGCUGCAGACAUUAUCUUGCCAGUGCAUUCGAGAAGUAGGUACCAUAGAGUGCUGAACACAAGCGGUGCCCAACUCCCUACUUUCCAGCAUGCGGUCUUUGGUAUCGAGAACUUCAUAAAUGGUCUUGAAGUUGGUCAAGAAGUAGUGGAAAUGGUCGGAUGAGAUUUAUAUAAAAACAGAACGCAUGAAUAAAUUAAUGAACUUGGGUUUUACCUUUUGGCAGUG